AUGGCCUCUCAAAUAGCAAAGGUGUUGUUGUCAUUGGAUGCUGAAGCACUCGGCUCGCUCAAAGAAGGAGUCAAUUUCAAGAAAAGCCCAGAGGAUGGCAAGUGUUACAUCAUUUUUAAGAGCAACAAUUACUUUAAAGCAUGCAAAAACCAGUGCAAGCAUCAAGGGGGGCUGUUCGUCAAAGACGUCGAAGACCUGGAUGCAAUGACUGUAAAAUGCACCAAACACAACUGGAAAUUAAAUGUGUCAACAAUGAAAUAUGUGAACCCGCCCGACAGCUUCUUGCAGGAUGAGCUCGAGGUGGAGGUGUUGGAUGAUGGGGGGCUGCAGUUGGUGGAGCUGAGCCCUGUUGACCCCUGGAUGGCUGAUCCUCGAGAGCCUCUGGAGCUCCAGGAAGGAGAAGUCAAAGUGACAUACUUCACCCACGCCUGCAUGGAGCUACAGUUUGGUGAGAGAAGGUUCAUGUUCGACCCCUGGUUGAAGGGUCCUGCAUUUGCCAGAGGCUGGUGGCUUCUCCAUGAGCCUCCAGCAGACGCCCUGGACAGACUUUGUGCUGCAGAUCUCAUCUACAUCAGCCAUAUGCACUCAGACCACCUCAGUUAUCCCACACUGAAGGUCUUGGCAGAAAGGAGGCCCAAUGUCCCCAUAUAUGUUGGUGACACAUCCAGACCUGUGUUUUGGUAUUUGGAGCAAAGCCAAGUGAAGCUGACCAACAUUAAAGUCACUCCCUUUGGUGUUUGGCAACAUAUUGAUAAUCACCUGAGAUUCAUGAUCCUGAUGGAUGGUGUACAUCCUGAAAUGGACACCUGCAUCAUUGUUGACUACAAAGGUCACAUGAUCCUCAACACUGUGGACUGCACCAGACCAAACGGAGGCAGGCUACCACAAAAUGUGGACGUGUUGAUGACUGACUUUGCAGGAGGAGCUUCUGGAUUCCCGAUGACCUUCUAUGGAGGGAAAUACAGCGAUUUCUGGAAGGCAGAGUUUAUCAAGAAUGAGAGGAAGAAGCUGCUGAAUUACAAAGCUACACUGGUGAAAUCCCUGCAGCCCAGGAUCUACUGCCCAUUUGCUGGAUACUUUGUGGAGGCUCAUCCAUCAGACAGAUACAUAAAGGACACUAAUAUCAAAAACAGUGCAGAGCACCUCAAUGCACUCAUUAAUAAGCUGGCACCAGCAAUCAAGACUUGGACACCGCAGCCAGGUGCUGUGCUGGACCUCGGCCUUGCUCUGAGAGACCCCACCAGCAGUGAGGCCAUCACCCAUCCACCAGCCAGUGCAAAACUCUACAAGGACAGCUGGGAGUUCUACUUGUAUGUGAACGAGCUGAACAGUGCCAUCAAGUCGAACAUAUUUAAACAUCAAAGCUGGAUCCAGUUUUAUUACACGUGGGCUGGCUUUCAAAACUACAACCUUGUUGUGCGGGUCAUUGAAACAGAUGACAAGUUUGAAUGCAUCACUGACGGUUAUGACUAUCUGGUGGACUUUCUGGAUCUAUCGUUCCCCACAAAGAGACCUGACAGAGAGCACGCCUACUUGGAGAUUAAAAACAGGAUUGGAGUGAUGAGGUACGUGGUGCUGCAUGGCUGUCUGUGGGAUGACCUGUACAUCGGCUUUCAGAACCGCAUCAGCCGGGACCCAGACAUCUACCACCACAAGUUCUGGAAACACUUCCAAGCAGAGCUGCCACUUUGCAGGCCAGACUGGGAACAGUUCCAAAAACAGGUCUUCUACAUCGAUGAGUCGACCAUACCUCUCAGUGAUACAGGGAUGGGAAACGACUGUGCCCUGUCAGGAAUUGAUUCUGGUUUGAUUCUGGAUUUGUGAAGGUCCAGUUACUGAUUUCCUGAUUUGAUGUAAUGCAUAUUAACUAUGCAGUUCCAAUUGGGCUUAGGUCACCGCUUUAUAUUAAUGAGAUAGCAAAGUAAUCAAUCAGACGGCUGUUAGGUAAGAAACUCAGCUCUGGGUGAUCAGUCUUUAAUAAACAAAAGACUGAUUUUGCACAUUUAAUCAUCUUUCAGACCAGGAAACCUGUUUACAAUCAAUUUCUAUGAAGUAUAAAAUCUAUUUUUUUACCUUAACAAUGUUAUGUAAUUAAUGGUAAUAGAAAUUUAAUCUAUUUUGUUAUUAAUCUGCAUACUCACCUGAAUAACAAAACAUGCUGAUUCAAUAACUUCUGAAAAAUAGGAAACACAUGAGUUGAGUUGCAUGAAUACAAGACACAAG